AUGCAUUCCUUCCAAUCUUUAAUAAUAUUACCUUCUACUAAAAAAGUAGAACCAUCCUAUUCAAAGGAAACUAAUAAGACUAUCACAAAUCCAAAUACAACUUUUCUCUUGCGAAGAGAGAAAAAGAAAACUGUUAUGUCGAAACGUUCUACACCGUCCAAAACACCUAGUUCCUCAUCUAAAUCAAAAGACAAAGUUAAUGCAAAAACUUCUAUGACGACAACGAAAACAACAAAAAAUAUCUUCAAGUCUCAUUCAAAUUCCGGUACUAUUAUUUCUGGUGGCAUAAAAGAAGUUUUGAUGCCUAACCACCGAAAACCUUCAAGUUUAGAAAUUAAAGAAAUUAAAAAUAUUGCAGGAAAUCCAAUUUCUGAUAAACUUGAAAAAUCUUCACGUUCCAAGUCAUCAACAAUUUCAUCAUCUUCAAAAAUUGUUGAAAAAUCUUUGACAAAAAGUGGCAAUAUAUCACCAUCAUUAAUUAACAUUAAAAAACAUCAAUUACCUAAUGUCAAGAAGUCUUCAAGUUUAUCAACAAAAACUUCAAAAACUUUGAGUAAUGCUUCACAAUUCCCUUCUCUAAAACCAAAGACCAUUCCAAUACAACAAUUAUCACAACCACAACGACCACAACAAUUAUCGCAAUUGAUGGUUAAUUCAUUCCAAAAAAGCGAAAUGAAUAAACCUAGUAAUAUAUUAGAGAGUUACUGUGAUGUUGACAAUGAAUUAGAUGAAUUUGUAUAUGAAGAUAUUUUUUUAGAGAAAAAUGAAAUUAAAAGUUCAUCUAUUGGUUCGAAAAAGAGUGAAUCUAUAAAUUUAUCUAAUAAUAACAAUUUGGAGAAGAAUAAUUCAUCUAAUAUUUCUAGUGUUUAUUUGGAAAAAGAUGAUUUUGAUGAUUUUGAUGACUUAUCUAUUAGUCCCAAGAAGGUCACUUCCAUUUUUUCUGAGAAAGUGAAAGAUAAUAAUGAAUUAGUAUUUCAAAAUUUAUCGAAUUCUGUUGAUCUAAAUGAUCGAAGAGAAAGAAAAGAUAGUGUCUCAUCAGCAGAUUCAAAGUUUAAUAAUUCUAUUAAGAAUAAGCGGGUGAAACCACAAUUAAUUCGUAAUCUAAAUUCAGAAAAGGGCCCCAAAGUGGUCGGUGAAAUGGUUUAUAAUCCAAUUUUACAAAGAUGGGAUGGUAAUGAAUCUAUAUUGAAAGAUUUUUAUUCUUCAACAACGCCAAAUAUUAGUCAGCCUACAAAAUCUUUACAAUCAGUCGGAAAUAUGGUCUUUGAUCCAAUUAAACUGCGUUGGUUUAAUCCUGUUUCAACUGAAGAAGAAAUUUUGACAUUAUCAGAUUCUGAAUCUGAGACAACAAAACCUUUUGGAUCAGAAUUUGAAGUGUCAAAGGGAUUUCUUGCAGCUCUGAUGGCUUCAGAAAGGCAACAUCGAAAAGAUAUUAAUCAUUGGUAUCCAGCUAUUAGAAGUAUUAGCAAUGAACAAAGAUUUGGUUUAGACAAUAAUUCUAAAAAAGGUUUUUUAUAUGAAAUUAGAAAAUCCGUUAGGGAAAAUAAUUCUACCACAUUAAAGACAAGUAGAAAGGGUAAUCUGUCUUCAAAUCAUGAUAAAUCGGGUUCAUCAUCUUCUACGGCCUCAUCCAGAUGUCAUGAACGUCCACAUUUUAGAUGA